AAAUGUGAAGAAGAAGUACCACAUGAUGCGCUUCCAUAAUGCCAAUGGUGUCAACUUCAAGAACUGGAAUACUGCCAAAAUGGAAAGGGAAAAUAACUACAAAGAAUUCAAAAGUUUAGAUGAUGAUCAGCCAAAAUAUGGUGCAGGUUCUGAAUUUGGCCGUGAGCAGCGAGAUGAAGCCAGACGAAAGCGUUAUGGCAUCAACAUAAAAAAAUACAAAGCCGAUGACCAGCCUUGGCUUUUGACUGUUAAAGACAAGAAUUCUGGAGUUGCUACAGACAAAAAGUUCAAAGGCAUUCGAGAGGGAGGUGUAUCAGAUAAUGUGGCUUGGUAUGUCUUUGUACAAGCCAAGGAUGGAGCAUUUGAAGCUUACCCUGUUGAAGAAUGGUAUAACUUCCAGCCCAUACACAGAUAUAAAUCUCUUAAUGCAGAGGAGGCCGAGAAAGAAUUUGAAAGGCGUGACAAGAUCAUGAACUACUUCUCCGUGAUGUAUCAAAAGAAGCGAAAUGAAGAUGAUGAAGCAGAUGCUGAAGAGGGCAGCAAGAAGAAAGCCAGUGCCAGCAAAGCUUUCCAGCUAUCAGAAAUGGAUGACUGGAUGUCUGACCAAGACUCUGAUGACGAUGGAGAUGAAGAUGCGGAAGAAAAACUAGAAAAGAAACCGAAGAAGAAGGGUGGCAAACCGAGCAAAUUUGUGAAAAAACAUGGAGGCAAGCGACGUAGAAGAGAAGAUGGCGAGUCUGGCACAGACUGUGAGGAGGAGAGUGACGAGUAUGAUGAAGGAGCUGAGCAUGAAUAUGUCAGUGAAGAUUCAUCCGACCCUGAACACGAGGACGAUGAGAAGGUGACCAAAGAGAUGGCCGGUGUAGAGGACGACACAGCCAUGAAAAAGCUCCUCAACUCUGACGAUGAAGACGACGAGAACGAGGAAAACAAGGACGAAGACAAGGAGGAUCAAGACGAAAACGACGAUGAGAAGAACAAGAAGAAAAAAGAUUCUAGCUCCGAUCUUAGCGAUAGUUCAGACGAUGAGAAGCCAAAGAACAAAGACCCUAAAAAAGGAGACAGCGCGCCCCGAAAUGCGGACAUUCUUAAGCGCAAGAUCGCCGAGAACCCUGACGGCCUCAUGCCGGCCAGCAAAAAGCAGCGCCCUGAAGGGCCUGUCACUCCUGCUCCCGUUUUACCUAGCGACAGCGGGAUGUUCGAGGAUCAGAUCAGACGCUAUCUCGUUAGGAAGCCGAUGACAACAACUGAAAUUCUGCAGAAACUCAAGAGCAAGAAAACCGGGCAUGGCUCUGAACAACUUGUCGACAUUAUUGCUGUAAUGCUCAAGAAAAUCAACCCUCAGAAGCAGAGAGUGAAAGGAAAAAUGUACUUGAGUUUAAAGAGCCUAAACGGAUAGUUACUGGCGUUGAAUGUCCACGUGAUCGUGAGUGAAUUCCAGGAAUCGUGUUGUUAAUAAAAUUUAUUUGUGUAGCGAUGUUGCAUUGUCCUGCAGUGAAAGAUGAAAAUACUUGUCCUCAAUGCCUAACAUAUUAGGGAAAUCAUGUGUGAUUAGUCAACCGAGAGAUUGUCACGUUAUCUUUUGACCUUUUGUUAACACUUGAUGAUAUCGUGUUUUCUAAAGCAAUUUGUGUAAUGAACGUAUGUUUGUUUAAUAGAAUCAUUGUUUUC